GGCCCUUCCUGUGACAGUCCAUUUCCUGGCCGGACCGGGCAGCGGGCGGAGGGGGAGACGGGCAGCGGCGGCGGCUGCUCGGCAUGGUCUUCUCGCUGCCGGCCCCCCGCCUGCCUCCGCCGCUCCUCCUCGCUCCUCGCCUGCCGCCGCCGCUGCUACAGUGUAGCGAUGCUGCAGGGCCGGCGCGGCGCCCGCAGCGGAAGCCGCGAGGGUAACACUGUGGCCCGGCCAGGUCUGAGUGCUCUGCCUUCCUGGACAGGGAGAGCGAAACCCUCCUGGGCUGCCCUUUGAGGAGGGGGAAGCAGAAGCGCUUGCCUCCCCCCUCCCCGACCAUUCACUCCGGGGCCGCCUCCUUCGCCAGGCAGGGGGGUUCUCCUCCGUUCGGCCUCGUCCCUCCCUCCCUCGUGGUGGAGGGAAGCCUGGCGCCCCCCUAGCUGAAGAAGAGGAGGAAGAAGAGGAAGAAGCCAGGGGGAGAGGGGGCCCGGGCAGCCAGGUUGGCACUUUGGGGACCAUGAAGAAAUUUUUUGACUCUCGCCGGGAGCAGGGAGGAUCUGGGGCCGGUUCGGGCACCCUUGGAGGUGGGGGUGGCGGCAGCAGCAGCACCGGGCCUGGCAGCGGAUACGUCGGCCGAGUCUUCAGCGUUGGGAGGCAGCAGGUGACGGUGGAGGAAGUGGUGGCAGAAGGGGGCUUCGCUAUUGUAUUUCUGGUGAGGACCAGCAAUGGGAUGAAAUGUGCCCUCAAACGGAUGUACGUGAACAACGAAUAUGAUCUGCAAGUGUGCAAGCAGGAAAUCCAGAUUAUGAGGGAUCUUUCGGGUCACAAGAACAUUGUUGGGUACAUUGACUCCACAAUAAAUUCAGUGAGCAGCGGAGAUGUAUGGGAAGUCCUAAUUUUAAUGGAUUUUUGCCGAGGAGGCCAAGUAGUGAAUCUGAUGAACCAGCGCUUGCAGACAGGGUUCACGGAAAAUGAAGUCCUGCAAAUCUUUUGUGACACCUGCGAAGCGGUGGCCAGGCUGCACCAGUUCAAAUCUCCCAUCGUCCACAGGGAUCUGAAGGUGGAGAACGUCCUGUUACACGAUCGUGGCCACUAUGUCCUCUGUGACUUUGGGAGCGCCACCAAUAAAUCGCAGAAUCCUCAACUGGAAGGAGUGAACGUAGUGGAGGAAGAAAUUAAGAAAUAUACCACGCUCUCGUACAGAGCUCCAGAGAUGGUCAACCUCUACAGUGGCAAACUGAUCACCACAAAAGCUGAUAUCUGGGCCCUGGGGUGUUUGCUCUACAAACUCUGCUAUUUUACUCUGCCCUUUGGGGAGAGCCAAGUGGCAAUUUGCGACGGCAACUUCACCAUUCCUGACAACUCACGCUACACGCAAGACAUGCACUGCCUAAUAAGGUACAUGCUGGAACCUGACCCUGACAAGAGGCCUGACAUUUACCAGGUCUCUUACUUUGCGUUCAAGCUGGCUAAGAGGGAAUGUCCUGUCCCCAAUUUGCAGAAUUCUCUAAUUCCUGCCAAACUUCCAGAGCCUGUGAAAACUAGCGAAGCUGCUGCUAAGAAAACCCAGCCGAAAGCCAGGCUGACAGAUCCUAUUCCUACAACAGAAACGUCCAUCACUCCACGCCAGAGACCCAAAGCUGGGCAAACGCAACCGAACCCAGGAAUUCUGCCCAUGCAACCUGCCUUGACUCCCAGGAAGAGGCCUGCAGUCCAAGCCAGCGUCCAGCCACAAGCUCCAGCUCCUCUGGCCGGCGGCCAGCCUCCCCUUCCUGCAGCGAUUCCUCAGCCAAACACUCUGCCUCAACCGACUCAGCCCAAGCCCGCCGGGGCUGCCCAGCCAGUGGCCGCCACGCAAGCCCAGCUCCCUUCAGCCCAGGCCACGCCGCAGCACCAGCUCUUCCUCAAGCAGCCGCAGCCGCAGCCGCCGGCUCUCUUCUAUCAGCAGCAGCCUCCACAGAUGCCGCCCCUGCAGGUUCAACAGGCCCACAAAAUGCCACAGGCUGCCCCGACGUCUGGAAAGCCUCAAUUCCCGGGGAUGCAGCAGGGAGCAGGGGCCGCCCCGCAGCCGCCACCGCCACAGCUUUUGGCCCAGCAAGCCGCCAUCCAAGCCAAGAUGGUUGCUGGGCCGCAGAAGGCCCCCGCACCGCUCCUACAGCAACCACAGGUGCCGCCUUCGGGAGCCCCAGCAGCGCCCAACCAGGAACUCCCGGUAAGGAACAGGCGGACCUUCCUCUCCAUGGGUUCGGGUGCCUUGUUCUGCACCAUGUGCUGCGCGAGACCAACCCGAUGGGCUAAAUGGUGCUCAGGAUCUACGCCGUGCAUCCCCAACCCUCCGGCUGUGGCCUGGUGCUGGGCCCCGACCCAUUCAGAACCGGCCGUGCAAGUGUCAAGCGAGCAUGCACACCCAGCUCCAUUUGCAUUAGCUCUGGGCACACCCGUGCACAAGUGCCCGCCAUUCUUGUCUGCCUCGACUACCCCUUCGGGGUCUCCGAAGACCUCUCAGCAAAAUGUCUACAACCCACCCGAUGUCUCUACUUGGAAUCCUUUUGACGACGACAACUUCUCCAUGCUGACGGCAGAGGAGCUGCUGAAUAAGGACUUUGCAAAACUGAGCGAUGGUAAGCCUCCUGAGAAACUUGACAGCUCAACGGAGAACCUGAUCCCAGGUUUUCAGCCCGCUCCUUCCGCAGCGCAGUCGGACGCAUUCGGCGCUUCUCCUCUUGCACCCAUAUCAGUUGAAAAAACAAAAGAUAUUCUGGAUACCAGCCCUCCACUUCUGGCUGUUCCUGACCCUUUCAUUCCUCUUCCACUGUCAGAUACACCAGGUAACUAUGAUUUAUGUGAUCAAGGUGACAUAGCAAUUAUGCCCAUUAAAAUGUGAUGCCACUCAGCAAGGGGGUAAAAGUAACAGAGCCCUCUUGGUGGCA